AUGUGCUUCAACAAAGCAGAGACGCUGGUUAACUACUCGUUUGGAACAUGUCAACAGAGGAAGCUCUUUCCUCACUUCCACCCCCCAAACUUGUUGGGGAACAAGUUUCUCCCUCUUAGGGGAGCGCCCCACAGAGGGCCUGGAUGUUACAUAGGAGAAGAUAGGUAUGGCUUGGCAUACAACCUCUCUAAGAUCCCGACCAGUAUAAAAGGAUAUGCUUUUGGAGCCAGAACAGCUGUGAGGUUUAAGCCAAUCAGCAAGGAUAUGACACCUUACCCAGGCAUGUACCAGACAGUCGGUCCUCAGGAGCAAACACACAAACAAAAUUUUGCUCCAUUUAAUGCCUUGUUGCCUCGAUUUAGGACAUACUCUAAGGACACUUGUUAUCCUGGCCCUGGCACAUAUAACCCAGAAAUAAAGGCACCCAAAAAAAUCAUCUGGCCAAUGAAAUUUGGAUCUCCAGACUGGGCCCAGGUUCCAUGUCUACAGAAAAGAACCCUGAAAGCUGAGCUAUCCACAGACAAAGACUUUAGAAAGCAUCGGAACCGUGUGGCCUACCUAAGCCUGUAUUACAACUGA